AUGAAGAGAAAAUUUUAUCAACAUAACCAAACUCAACAACAACCUCAAACUCCACAACAACAACAGCAACAACCUUCAUUAUCAAUAAAAGGGUAUUAUUAUGACAAUGAACAAAACAGAUAUUUUAAGAUAACAAAAGAUCGACCUGCCAAACAGGUGGAUACUCAAGAGCAGUCAGUUGAAGUAGAUAACACUCAACUACUAUGUUCCAAUCGCUACAUUGACAGGACUAGUCUGUCAAUCAACAAUCAUCUCUUUCAUAAUGAGUACCAAUGGUCUCGUCCAGCGUCGUCCUACCUCUGUAUGCGUGAUUGGCACUGUCAAACAGAAACAUUGUACCAAGUGGAUACCUCUAGAAGUUUGGGACAGUGCACAAAUAUCGAACCACUACUACUAUCAUCACGUGCUCAAACUGGAGAUGCCAAAUCUACAAGUGUACUCUACUCCAAGACAAAUGGAGACUUGAGCGCUCAACGAAUAGAUAUGGACAAGAAGGGUUGUCUCUCUUCAACGACCACUUCAAACUUUACAACAACAACAGUCCCGACUCAUGGAGAGAUCACCUCUAUCAAAGCAUCAAGGGCAAGUCCUGGUCUACUGUUAGUUUCAUAUCUAGGACAAGGUAACGAACAUGGUGGAGUUACAAUUCUAAAUGACCUAUCUGUUGCAAAGACUCUCAGAUUGAAGAAUGAGAGUGUCUGGAGCAGUGAAUGGCACCCAUUCGGUGCUCAUCUCUCAAUUGGUGGAUCUGGAUCAGUCUAUCUGUAUGACCUGUUUCAUGACGCCAUCCAUAAACAGCACAACUCCAAAAGUGAUGUGUUUGCUCAGUCAUUUGGUAGCAACGGAUCAUUGUUAUUCAACGGAUCUCGCGAUGGUCAGAUCAGAACCUAUGACCUACGAUUUAAAUCCUCCAAUAUCGUUCAAUCAUUCAAUCAAUCCAGCAGCAAUGACAAUCCUUUCUCUGGUGUGGACAUAGCAUCAAUUUGGCCUGAUUCAUCCCAUCAGCCAUCGGUUUGGCCAAAGCUUUGGAUGACACGCCACAGUGGUGGAGAAGGUCUUUCAGUCAAGUCGAGUAUUUGUUCGAUCCAAUCGCUGAGAGACGAUAACUAUCUGAUUGUAUCUUCAAUGAAUGGACAACUUGUCAAGUGGGACAGGAGAGUUGGAAGAAUAUGUGUACACUAUGACCAACAUUGUAAUAGUCACACAAUGUUAAAGUUUACCGUCACUGAUGAUCAGAAUCUCCUCAUAUCUGGUGGUGAAGACCGUUACGUGAGGAUAUGGAACUUGCACAAUGGCUCACUACUUAGGACAUUGGGACCAUUCAAACAGCCAGUUCUUUCAAUUACAACUUUACAGUACAACAAACAACAAUUGGACAAUAACUACUUUUGCUUUGGAAGUGAC